AUGGCCCUAAGUGACUUCACGGGCAUCACUCAGCGAUGGAAGUUUAAGAGAAUUGUCAUCGUCGCUAGUGAUGGUGUCUGCUGGCUGAGCGCGGCGUCUGCCAUCUCGCUGGCUGCAUCGCCCUUCUUUCGCCCUGCUACGCCUAGUGAUACCAUGAGCAUAGUUGUCGUCAGUCGAUUUGGUGUUCCGGGUUUUACUCUUCGUGCAGAUAAAUGCCAAGGUAAUAGCGACUGCAGGAGUCUUGCUUUUGCAGCGUUUGAAUCUUUGUGUCGUGAUUUGCCAAAUGGGGCGGAGCUUAUGACGCGUGUUGCAUUUGCUGUGGACACAACACGAAUAGCUGGAGCUCAGUGCUUUACACCAGAUGUCAAAAACGAUUUGUAUGUUUAUUUUUCCGCUUGGAGCGACGCAGACUGCUGUGGUCACACGCCUCUUGUUUCGCUUGCUUCAAUUCGCACAUGUGGUGGAUAUCUUAUUAUUCUCUCUGACGAUGUCACACGACGCUCUGCAUGGGGAACUGCAGUGAUGCAUCUUCCAGGAUGGAGGCUGAUUGGAUGCUUUGUAUCGUCUUUUGCCCCACCUUCAAUCGAUCUGCACCUCACCCGGUCGUUUGUGCGUCAGUGCCCUGCAAUAAAAGGGUUACUUGAGUGUGUUGCCCUUGGUGUGGCCAUGGGGACCGUAAAGCACUUGCCUGUGAGUUUUCGUGAUCCUAUACAUGUUGCCCCGCUGGAUGUGAUGCUCAUCACAGCAUUGGCGGCCGUUUUGUUUCAAGAUGAUAGGGAACUUUCGUUUUUCUCGUCGGAUGCUGUCAUGCUGAAUGUAGAAUGUGCCACGAAUGAGGCAUUGGUAUGGGGAAUGGCCGCUGAGUACAUCAUAGACUACUAUGGACGACUUGGUCCAGCGGUAAUGAGGUCAUUUCCGUUUCCGCAGUUGCUUGACACGCAACCAACAUUGCAGCUUAGUGCCAACAUCACAGACUGGGUCAACUACGGGGUCUCCUUGAUGAUGCCGUGUCAGCGCUAUUACACCUACCUGGAGGCCCAGCAUCGGAAACGACUUCUGAACAAAUUCUCUGACUCCGGGACCAUCAAGUGCGUACGUACUGCCCUUGACAACAUUGACACGGCUGUUCAGUGCAUUACUGCGAUGACAACAGCCCGUAUGACGGUUCCACAUUCCAAGGAUACUUCAGGUGCCGCUAAACCACCGACGUCGACAUGCACGGCUCCUAACACACGGUAUUACCAAAUGCUGCUGCAAAGAGUAACACAGGACACGUCUCUUCGACAUCUUCUUCCAUUUAUUUCAUUGAAGAACGUUCAGUGGGAUUUGUAUGUUAAAGUUGUUGCUCAGGCCGUGGUGGAGCGCGUCGCAUGUCAAAUUUUUCAAUGUCCCUCCGAUUUACCUUUUCCUGUCCCUUUAUAUCAUAAUGACAUUGUUUUUCACGGCACGCGCAGAGUACCGUCAACGUCGUUAUCUCCUCGCAAAUGGUUCUCAGAGAUACAUUGGCUCGUGCGAUGUGGAAUGAACCCCGAUGGGAAGCGGUUUGCCGCUUCGCCCAUGCUUACAAAGGAGUCUAUGUCACAUAUCUUGACGCGCCCGAGUGUGUUGCGCAGCAUAGAGGAGGAGGCAGCGAAAGAAAAGUCUUCGAAUGUUGCCGUGCACAGGCGUGCUGCAGUGAUCCUUCGUACAGUUGGGGACAACCUUAACCAGUGGCAACUUCGUGUCUUUGGUCUUCUUGUGCGCCGAGUACUUUUUCGUUUGUAUGAAGAAGUGAGUCUGAACGCGGAGGCCUUUGAACGCCUGCACAAGGUGUUGAAAACACCACGUGUUGAGGUUGUGUUGCUUCCUGCUCAUCGUUCCUACUUGGAUUUCAUUAUCAUGACGUAUUUGCUUGUGGUGAUGGGCUUCUCACCACCCCAUGUUUGUGCGGGCGAUGACUUUUUGCGAAUGGGGCCUAUCACAAAGCUUAUGCGUGGCAGCGGCGCUUUUUUCAUGCGUCGCUCAUUUCGUGACGAUCGCCUGUACUACACGCUUUUCAGGGAAUACCUGAGACAACUCGUCCUUCAGCGUCGAGUGGUGGAGUUCUUCAUUGAGGGCACACGAAGCAGGACCGGCAAGACGCUUUGCCCAAAGCUGGGCAUCCUCCGUUUUAUCACCGACACCUUCUUUGAGGUGCAGGAUGAGGUGGAUGAUAUCUACUUUCUUCCCAUCAGCCUCUCCUAUGACGAGCUCUUGGAGACUAGGUUGUUUGCGGGUGAACAGUUUGGAGUGUCAAAGCCGCGUGAGAACAUCAGCAAUUUGCUUAGGGCGCGUUCGCUAUUGAACACGCGGCAUGGCAAAAUUCACGUGCAUAUUGGCGAAGCGUUUUCGUUGCGUCAUUUCCGUGACCAGCCCUAUCAGUGCCCUAUACCGUUUGAACCGCGGGGAGAAAUUGUUGAAAUGCCUCAGCGCCGUACGACCCACCCAACUCCGCCGCAGGUACUGUUGAACUUGGCAUGGCACGUCACGCACAGCAUUGAGGAAAAUACAGUCGUCACUCCCACCGCCCUCGUCGCCAUGGUGCUCAAUGUAUUUGCCCCAACGGCGGAAGGUAUGCCACUGGCGGAAGUUCAUGCACGAAUGACAUGGCUGCGCACAAAUAUUGUGAAGCGGAAAGGCGCUCUUAGCGAUGAUUGUACAAAUUGUGACGUGGAAGAAAUUACGCGCAAGGGAGUUACACACCUCCGAGACUUUGUUGAAGUUUUGGAUAAUGGUACGAAGCGAAUUGUGGUUCGCCAGGAUGUCGUAUCUUUUAUGGGUCUCACCAUCUGCAGUAACCAGCUGGUUCAUGUUUUUUUGGAUGAAGCUGUGGUUGCUGUAGCCGCCCGAAUGUAUGGUACAUUUAAUGGCGUGGAAAACACAGUCAGUGUGGAACUCCAACAGUUGCAGGAUGGAUCUCAACAACUGCGUCAAUUGCUUUCAUCGGAGUUUCACGACUACCUCCCUUUCUGUCCCUAUACGUUUGUUUCAUGGUUUGAACACGGCCUCGCACGACUAUUAUCUUGUUGUGAGUCGAACUCUGAAUGCGACCCCUCCUUGAGCCUCAGCGGCACGAUCGAUUGUGGCCAGAAGAAUAAUAAUAGUGAUUUAUCCAUGAGAACAACAAACGCCGUUGUUAUAUCAGUAACAAGGCUUUUCCGUCUCUUGAUAGCUAUCCUUUCUCCCUUCCUAGAAGCAAUUUUUUUUGUUUCCCUCGGCGUCUGUGCAGUUGUUGAAUCCGGGUCUGAGAGUGUGGUGCACAAAUCUUCGCUGUUGAAAGCCUGCCAAACGUGCAUUUUGAAACUGCACGAGGCCAAAAACGUUGUACACCCUCAGUCUGGCAGUAAUGAUAUGUUAAAAAAUGCUCUUGAGGGGAUUGCAUUGCUGUACAAUGUCCAACUUGAUGCUGACGCUAAGAAGGCUGUGUAUGUGAUACCUGCAACGACCGACCGUGCUGUGCUGUUGACGCGACUGCAGCAGCUCAUGCAGCACGUCUGCGGCAUGCACUCAACCUCACCUGAUAUGUUAAAGAAGGAGGUACAGAAGACGGCUCAACGUGGCCUCCUGAAGGAGUAUUUGCGGCAACUGGCAGUAAGCAGUCAGUCGUCCAAGAUGUGA